ACAGCCCCCGGGCGAGCAGGAGGGGAGAGAGCAGAGCCUUGGCAGAAGCUGCUGGUGGAAGGAAGCUGCUGCACUCCGUUAUCCCACAGAGGCUCCUGGAAACUCCUGUAACCCGGGGACCGUAGUGGCUUGUAAAAGGAAAAGAGAAAGGAGACCUGGAAGCUCCGGAGUGUCCAAGUCGCAGCACCACCCCCGGGGACACCUGUUCCUCUCCCUCCACCCCACUCUCCACCCCUUCCGACCCUGCGCCACCCGGCGCGCCCAGGCACGCAAUGAAUCCAGUGCUGGGCAACCAGACUGAAGCGGCCGGGCUCUUCUUGGCCAACAGUAGUGAUUCUCUGGAGCGGGUCCUGCGUUGCUGUACCCAGGCGUCCGUGGUGACAGACGAUGGCUUUGGGGAGAGCGGCCAGGACGAACGGAGUCUGUACAUUAUGCGAGUGGUACAGAUAGCGGUUAUGUGCGUCCUGUCGCUCACCGUUGUCUUUGGCAUCUUCUUCCUCGGCUGCAACCUGCUCAUCAAGUCGGAGGGUAUGAUCAACUUCCUGGUGAAGGAUAGGCGACCCUCCAAGGAGGUGGAGGCGGUGGUGGUGGGACCCUACUGACCUUCCACUCCUUCGCCACAGCUUGUUUCCCCCAUCCCCGUCCUACCCACCUUGCCAAACCCAACUGCGCCUCUCAACCAUCUGAGAUCUGGCGAAAGAAACUUACCGGAGUGAUCGCCUCCUAAUAAUUCUUCGGCUGCUGCUUCGGUCACCGUCUCUUCUACUUAAGGGAUGAAGCGAUCUAUUAGUCUCGCUCGGUUCUUUGAACGCCUCCCACCCUAAGAAGAAACCUCACCAACCUCUGUGCACUUCUGGGAUAGUCCAGCAAAAAGUAAUGAAAGAAAGGGGUGGGGAGGAGGAUGGAAAGCAAUGGGCAAUAACUUUCUAGUUUCUGGGAGAUGUCCCGUCGCCUGAGAUCGCGGCAAAGGGAGAGAUACGCAUCUCAGCUUGCAUGUAGGGACGGGAUCUUGGGGAGAAAGCGGGGAGGGAUGGUCUAGUCCCCCUGACAACGAUCCGACUGGUCGCCUGGCCUGGAGCCGCGCUUCCGAAAAUGUGACCUAUGUAAAUACAACGCGACAGACUUCACAACGACGACACGCAAACUAAGCAAAACAAACAAACAAAAACAAAAAACACUCCCAAAUUCAGUCCCCUCUCAUUGGAAGGGACAAUCAGUAACUACAUUUUGAUUGUAGCGCACUGUUUUAAGGGAUAUUUUGCUUAAAUAAUAAUCAUAAAAAUUUGAUAAGUCGUUUUCCAACCCUUUUUGUUUGACUGUGGGUUUGGAAUUUUGUCUUCUUGAGGGAGAGGAGAUUAAUGUGGGAGAUGGGAUUAGUGGAGGAGAAGAAGGGAGAAGAUGGGAAUUAAGGGGAAGAAAGGAAAAAAACAAAAAACGAAACACCCGCGAAUGUGAAUGUUGUGAAUUGUCUUCUAUUGUCGCUUUUCCUAUUUCCAUUGUAGUGUGCAACGCUGGCCUGGAGCUGGCCCAUGGGGUUCGGGGAGCAAAAGAGGUAGCAUGUGAAAGAGUACUGCACGGGUUUACACAGCAAAAGUACUUUGAUCUGUGGCACAAUUUUUAUUUUUUUUUCCUUUAUUUAAAUUUUCUGUAAUAAAUGCUUAUUCAAAAAUG